CAAGUGCCAAAUGUCAAUCAAAAUAUGACAAAACUUUAAAAAUCAAAACCUAGAAAAAUUAAAAAUUAAGGCGUUUUGAUUAGCUGAUUCUUUAGUCUCUAUGUUUAGUAUCUGCUAUUAUUACUCGACAUUGGGAAUAUAACCGAUAAAUAAACGGUGGCAGCCAUAAUAUAAAAGGAGAAGAAAACCAAAACCUAUUUUUUCUUAUUUUUCAUUUGGGGUGAUUAUGAGCUAGCGCUUCUGACUUUGGUUAUGAUCGUUUGUUUAUACUAUUGGAGACAUCACAUUUACUAAAGAGUUAUAAGCCUGGAAGCAUCAUGAGUAAUAUAGAGUAUGUUCAAAUAAAAGACUUAAAGCCAGGCAUGAAGAAUAUAAAUGCGGUGUUUAUCGUACUGGAGGUAGGCCCACCAACGCUGACGAAGGAGGCGCGCGAGGUGCGCACGCUAAGAGUGGCGGACGCGACCGCGUCGGUGAACCUGUCGGUAUGGGACGAGCCAGGAGCACUGCUGCAGCCCGGCGACAUUGUGCGACUCACGCGCGGCUACGCCUCGCUGUGGCGCGCCGCACUCACGCUCUACUCCGGCAAAUCUGGCGAUAUACAAAAGGUGGGCGAGUUCUGCAUGUUGUUCAACGAGCAGGUGAACAUGAGCGAGCCGCAGCCCGCGGCACCGGCGGCGCCCGCGCGCUCGGCCGCCGCGCCGCCGCCCGCGCCGCCUGCCGCGCCCGCGCCUGCCGCGCACGCGCCUGCGCACAACAACAAGGGGGAGCGGUUCGCACCCGCGCACGCCCCGACCGACCACGGCGGCAAGCACGCGCACAAGACGUACGUGCGCGGCCGCGGACACCAGCGCGGCAACACGCGCAGGUAGCGCGCCGGACCAGCCGCAUUACACGUUACUCGCUGUAGUGGAUCUUACAUGUCGCGGUGUUGCGCCGAUACUGACGCACCAGGCUCAGAUCCUCAUUCACUGGAUGUUGUAACUUGUAUUUGUGAAAUUGGCUACUUGACAAUUCUCUGAAAGUUAUAUUUAUCUUAAAACAUGGAGAUCGAAGAACAUAAUUGUAAUAUUAUAAUAUUAUUAUGGAUGAUGACAAAAAAUUAUGAGGUCGCACGAUGCACAAUCACAGCAGCCCGCGUUUCGGUUCUUGUAAUCAAUAGAUAAAACAUGACAAAUUUAUUUUGCAAAAAUACAACAUUUACAAUUUAUUUCAGCACAUAAAUGGUACAAUUUCUUAUUUUUCACUUAUAAGAAAUAUAAUACUAUUUAUGGUAUGUAUGUAUGUAAUAAAUAAUAUUAUAUUUCCUACUUUAUCGUAAUAGUUCUGUGAAGUUGCCAGUUAUUAUGUUUAGUACAAAUUCGCCACUCUCAAUAGAUAAACAUUUAUACGUGAUACGACAACAAAAUCGUAACCGAAAUAUAAUAAUGUAGGCUAUUGUUUUACAACAUAUUAUUUGAUUAGAUUUGUAUUUGUUUUUUGACCUGGCCUGAAUGCAGAAUGCCUGACGACACUCGGCCCUUUCAACUCCCCACACCGGACUUUCGGAUGAUCGGUUUAGACACGACACGACACGGGCGCGGCACGGAGCUCGGCUCGAGGCUCGCGGGGCCGUACGCGGGUCGGGGCAGCGAGUUCCACGACUUAUUAGGUUUAAUGACCAGAGUGGUCGAAUCGGACGGUACAGAUGUGGAAGGUGCCCAUUCCGCGCGAUCAAGAACAAAAUCUGCACCUGAAGCGUGCUUGAACAACAUAUUUAAUGUAUUCCAUAGUCAGUGUAAAUAGGAGAGAUGGGAUCACAAAAAUGGACCCGGCAUAAUAAUAUAAAAAAAUUAAAUGUACACGAUGAUGCAUUGUAGAUGUUUUGUUUAAUUGUAGAAGUUGACAAUGAAUAAAUGUCUUCAUCAUAACAA